AUGCUUCAUGCAACCGCUGAGUUCAAGACUUAUUGCUCUGCUCAGUACACUAAUCUUCCUCAUCCUGGCCGCGACGUAACUUCAUUCAGAUACAGACAGGGCUGCAGAAAUCCCUACCACGUCAUUGAUGCUUCCCCGAUUGGAUUUGGAUCAAGAUUAAUGCCAGCAUCUAAUGAAUGGAACCCCCUGUUCGGCACCCACGAGUUGCCAAGUAUUCCAGACUUUUCCUAUCACAUUGGAAAGUUACAGUCAUGA